CAUGAAACUGCUCCGGGCGCUGGUCUGGUUUCUGUGUCCGGUGUUGGUUCGGUGUGAGCCUGUAACGCUGACAGUCGGCGCUCUGUCUGUGGUGGGUGGCGCCGUCUAUUAUGGACUGCAAUGUUACUUCCAGCAGUGCUGCCCGCAGAAUGGCGCCAUCAACGCUACAGCCCUAGAGUUGGACUUCGAUAAUAACAUCUUUGGGCAGCACCUGGCCAAGAAGGUGAUCCUGAAAGGAGUAACCGGGUUCCUUAGAAACAAGCAGCCGAAGAAACCGCUCACUCUCUCCUUCCAUGGUUGGACCGGAACCGGCAAGAACUACAUCAGCCAGGUCUUGGCCAGGAACAUCUAUCCGCAAGGAAUGGAGAGUCAUUUUGUGCACCAGUUUGUAGCCACGCUGCACUUCCCCCACGCUAACCAGGUUGACAAGUAUAAGGACCAGCUCCAGGCGUGGAUAAAAGGGAAUGUAUCCAACUGUGAACGCUCCAUUUUUAUAUUUGACGAAGUGGACAAAAUGCACCCGGGACUUAUUGAUUCCAUCAAGCCAUUUCUGGAUUACUAUGAGCAACUGGAGGGGGUUUCCUAUCGUAAAUCCAUAUUUAUAUUCCUCAGCAAUGCUGGAGGAGAAAUAAUCUCGAAGUUGGCAUUAGAUUUCUGGAAGAAUGGCAAGAAAAGGGAAGACAUUAAUCUCUUCGAAGUCGAGCGUCAGUUAUCGCUUGCUGCUUUCAAUAACAAAGACAGUGGAUUUUGGCACAGCAGCCUGAUAGAGAAAAACCUGAUCGAUUUCUUUGUGCCGUUCUUGCCCCUGGAGUUGAAACAUGUGAAGAUGUGCGUGAGGGCGGAGCUGCGGCACAGAGGCUACGAGGUGGAUGAAGAGAUCGUCACCAAAGUCGCCAAGGAAAUGACCUAUUUCCCCAAGGAUGAGAACGUGUUCUCUGUUAGGGGCUGCAAAGUCGUGUCAACAAAACUAGAAUUUUAUCUAUGAGACUUUUAUUUUGUAACUGUUUCUCGCCUUGGAGGGGGGGGGUCGGACUCAUUUCAGAACUGAAUAUUGUGGCCUUACUGACAGUGAAGGGAUUUACUCACUGUUUUUAAAGGGAGGGGUUCGCAAUAGUGCUGUACAUAAUACACACUGGUUUAUUUUUAUAUUUUUGAGUAAUUUGUCUUACAAGUUGCUGUAACCAGGUAAUUUAGUUGUGGGUAUAAGUGCAAGCCUCUGUGACAAGUCUGUGCUGUAUCAAGAUGAUAUUCCUUGUCAGUGCCAAUGGAUGGUGACAACACAGAAGGUUAUACAAGCGCUUGGGGCAUUUCAAGCUUCCGUUGUGACCAGCAGUACAAAUAACACCCCGCAGACACAACAUCAGUGUCCCCCUGAACUCUUACCAGAAAUAUGUGAUUUUGAUAAAGAUCUAUUUAUACUGUU